GUGGCCCGCACCCUGCUGGAAAAGGGCGCCGACCCGAACUCGCGCAGUCGCGCGGGCAACCCGGUCAUCUUCCUGGCGGUGGACAUGCACAACGUGGAAGUGGUGACGCUCCUGCUGCGGCGCGGCGCGCAGGCCAACACGGUGAACAUGCGCGGCGAGACGCCGCUGCAGCGCGCGGCAGGCGCCGGGCGCGUGGAGGUUGUGGAGGCGCUGCUGCGCGGCGGCGCCGACCCGCUGCUGCGCACCAAGGCCGGGCGCAGCGUGCUGCUGGAGGCGGCGUCGGGCGGCCACCCGGAGAUGGUGUGGGCGCUGGCGAGCGCGGUGCCCGGCGCGGUGCGCGGCGACGCCGGCGCCGAGGCGCUGCGCUGCGCCGUGGAGGAAGGACGGCCGGCGGUGCUGCGCGCGCUGCUGCACGUGGGCGCCGACCCCAACACGUGCUACCACAAGGACUCGACGGCGCUGCACCGCGCCGUGCAGUGCGGCCACGCCGACUGCGUGGCGGUGCUGCUGGAGGAGGGCGCGGACACGGAGGAGCGCGACGUGAACGGCUACACGGCGCUGCACCUGGCGGUGCAGCGCGACGACGCGGCGGCGGUGAGCGUGCUGCUGGAGGCCGGCGCCGACCCCGCCGCGCAGCGCCAGCUCGGCACCUACCGCUUUGGCUCUGCCGCCGCCGAGUUCGCGCGCUCCGAGGCCGUCCCCUUCAAUGCAGAAAACAGCCAAUGCAUUUGCUUGUAUAUCGCCUAGUGCAUCAAACAAUAUAUAUAUAAUAUUCCAAAUGUGUAGUAUGUACGAAACUUCUUUUGUGUAUUGAAUAGAAUGCUUGAUAUUUUUUCAUUACAAACAAAUAGGUUUAAUUGAUACUCAAUUCUGUUAUUGAGGCAUUCCAUUGUAACGGGCGUCACCUUGCUCUUUCAAAGUCACUUUUUGUUUCUUGAUUUUGGAAAUUACAAUAUUUAAUUUUCAGAAACAGGAUUUACUUUAAACCCAUCGUACAUAAUAUUAAAAUAUAUUUUUUUUAACGGAUAUGUCAUACUCUCGAAAAAAGUUACACUAACGGGUGUAGUAAAGUUUUGAUGGAGGUUGCUUCAAACACGUAUCAAUCUCUGCAAAGUGAAACGCAGAAUGUUUACGAAAACUCGCCACUCAGUGUGUGAACACCAUUUGUAUUUAAAAUGAUGGGAAGGAAUUCUGGAACUCAAGAAAACGUGCACGGACGAUCGUCUCCCCCACCCGUCACAUACAGUUUUUACUGUCUUUUGACUAAAUAAAUCGAAUAAAUAUAUAAAUGAAAAGCAAUUAGCAUUACGGUAUUACGUACUUGGGUUCUCAUUUUUGUGUUACAAUCACAUUAGAGUAUUUUUUACCGUAUGCAAUUGUUAUAUUUUUGUUAGAACAUAAUUACAUACUGAAAUGUGUAGAUUAAACAUCAAAAUCCAAUUAUCGAUUUCUUUACACCUAUUUUUGGAAUGUUUGAUAAAUCAACGCUGGGUUUUG